UCUGAGACUGAUACUGGACUGCUGAAACAGAGGCGGCGUCUUCAGCUGACGUUCCUGCAGAAACGGAGAUGUCGUCCCUCUCAGAAGUUCCUGCAGCAAAGGAAACGUCGUCUUUCUCGGAGGUUCCUGCAGCAACGGAGACGUCCUCCUCCUCCGAGGUUCCUGCAGCAACGGAGACGUCCUCCUCCUCCGAGGUUCCUGCAGCAUCGGAGACGUCGUCUUCCUCCGAGGUUCCUGCAACAUCGGAGACGUCGUUCUCUAAUGGCCCCCCUUCGUCGCCUGAACCACGGCCGGCCUCCUCAACGUCUGCCGGGCCACCAGUCCCGCGGCCGGUCUCCUGAACAUCUGCCUCGCCUCCGGCCCAGCGGCCGGACUCCAGAACUUCUGCCACGUCUACGGCCCCGCAGCCGGCCCCCGGAACG